AUGCCGACACCAACCUUUCGAAGAUGCAAUGCUACCUUCGUUAUCCCUCCAAUUCCGGCAGCACGUCCAAAGCAACCAAAAUUUAUUAAGCGGGAACCCCGCAAAUGGCAAACAGUUUCGCCCGAAGAACUUGAAAAACAACGGCUGCGACGGAUAGAAAAAGCGGAACGCGACGAGCGUAUGGACAUUGGGUUUUGCCUUACUCCUGUAAAGACCUACAUGGGCGGUUUCACGCGACCCAGGGACCUGCGAAUGACCAACUGGCUCCCUGGAGGACGGUUUCUUGCCAAAUCGAAACUAUAUGAAGAUCCAGCGCAUAUAGCAUACCAACCCCAUAUUGCAUUUCUAAUACGGUCGCGGUAUCUCGUUCAUUUUGGUCCAGGGAGACCGAACGCGCCAGAAUUCAUUGUUGGAUACUGUCCAGUCGGGAGAUUUAAGCACUUACUACGACGUCUCAACAGCGGAUUCUGCGAAAGCAAAGUACUCGAAGCAAUGGACAAUGCUUGCUGGCCUGGUUUAGCGCGGGAGCUCCCCUUCAAACCAAUCAAGUGGUGGAAUCCCGGGGAGGAUCCAGACGAGAUUCGGGUGACUCUUGAGAGUGGUCGAGAGCUUCCCCAGUCAGCAGUCAGUACUGAAGGGUCAACAAGUUCAGGCUCCAGCUCUGAAGGAGAUGCUGCUGCUUCAGAUGGGGAGAGUAGUCAAGAGAAGGAUACCCUGGAUAAAGUCGCCGCUGAUACCGAGUCAGUACCUUUAACCAACGAGGUCACAGCUACCGUGGAAUCAUCCUCGACAUCACCAUCCACUACCCAACCCGCGGACAAUAACCUCGACGAAGCAGAAAAGAACAAGUAUGACAGUGAUGACGAUGAUCUCGCUGUCGACCUGGCCAUUGUUGAAGGCGCGAAGCGGGCGAGGCGGGCCAAAGCCAAGGAAAUGAUGAAACAAGGAGUGUCCCCGCACUCUGUCCUAGCAUUUAUGAGAACGCCAUUCGUUGAAGAGCAAGUGCUCGCGUCGUUCAAGAAACCCGAGAGUCGACCUCAGCUCAUGAAAGAGCAAAUCCUAUACUUGGCAGACAAAGCCAAACUGCGGGCAUAUACAAAUAUGAUCUCGUCAGAAGUAUUCCCAAACAUGGCAGGGCAUGGAACGUCUGUCAACGAUCCGAACCUAAUGGAUCCCAAGUUUGUCGAAACCAAUCUCGCUGGAACCGUGUACGACGUCCGCAGACAGUACAUCCCCACACUCGCCAAACAACCCUUCUGGAUCCCCGUUCUCGCCGUCAGCCUUCCAACACGUCCAUUAGCUCGCGUCAUGGCAAGAUUAGCAAAAGCGCUCCCGCGUGGACUACCAUACUAUGCCUCAAUGCCCACAGAGGACCUCAAGUGCAAAAUCUCGUAUCCAUCACGGUCGCUGAACCUGCGACUAACCAGAAUGCGAAGGCUCACAUCGCAGAUUGCAGAGAGACUUGCUGGCUACUACGCUGGCUUCCCUGGAAUUCGCUUCGACCCACGACUCCCUGGUCGAGGUGUCAACGGCACGCUACUCCACAAGCCGCUACCAGAGGAGAAUAGACGCAUCACCGUCCUCAUUGACUCGGCAUACGAAAGAGCCGAUACCGAAAUGGCACAAUACCUUUCGGACACUCGAGGACAGAUCCGCGUCGGCCUGAUGGACGAGUUGGGCAAUGCUCUCGAUCCAGCUCUCGAUUUUACCGAGGACAAUAAUGUCAGCAUCAACGAAGACGAGGGGGGGCUGAGGGAUGACGAGGAGGAUCAUGCUAGCGAUGAGGAAAAUGCGCGAUGA